AUGUUCCUGUAUUUACUAUCUCUGAGAAGAACCAUAAAUAGCACUCUUAAUAAUGAGAUCAAAUCUUGGAUCUUAGCAUUGUUUCCUGAAUGUAAUGAUCAAAUCCUAGAAAGCAGCUCAGAUAUAAAUAAAAAUAUUGAUAUAUUUAAAGAGUUGAAUGGUAGUGAGUAUUCGUGCAUAUAUGGAUCAUAUAUUAUAGGAUCAAAUACUUCAUUCAAAGCAGAUGUUUUUUAUCCAAAACUGAAUUCGAGCUUAGAAAUCUCGAUUACGAACAGUACUGUUGAAAAUCCAUUCGUUGUUGCAAACAAAAUAGAUAAAGAAGACAUUUAUACAGUCAUAUAUGAUGUUAAACCAUUUUCCAAAGUUUACUGCUCCAAUCAACUUGAAAGCUGUGAAAUUCAGGUAUCAUUCAUUCCACAGCCACAUUAUAUUUCAACGAAUAUAUCAAAUAAUGGACAAAUCAUCCAGAUUGAAGAUGAAAAUAAUGUUUACAUUUCUUCGAAAGAUGACUUCGCAACAAAUGCUAAUGUUUCAUUAGAAAUAACAGAUGGAUCAAUAAAAUAUCGUUCUAUGUCAGUAAUUCUUGUAGGUGAUGAUAGAAAAUCAAUAAAGUACCAGAAGAACUCUGAUACAAAUGAUUUGUUCAACUAUGAUAUAACUGAUGCAGAGAAUAGAUCAAAUACGGCUCUAUUUUACGUCUCAGCAAAAGAUAUCAGUUCAAUUCUUCCAGCACCAAGUCCUACUCCAUCAAUCCCUGCAACACCAUUUGUAACUGCAUACGAAACACCAUUUGAAACUCCUCAUGUAACAGCAGUUGAAACACCAUAUGAUACACCGUUUACGACAGCUGUUGAAACUCCGUAUGAUACUGUUUUUGAAACACCAUUUGAGACAGCUUUUGAUACACCUUUUGUGACACCAUAUGAAACACAAUUAGAACCAGUAUCCGAGACACCAUUUGAGACAGCUUUUGAUACACCUUUUGUGACACCAUAUGAAACACAAUUAGAACCAGUAUCCGAGACACCAUUUGAGACAGCUUUUGAUACACCUUUUGUGACACCAUAUGAAACACAAUUAGAACCAGUAUCCGAGACACCAUUCAAUACAGCAGUCGAAACAGCAUAUGAAACACCAUUCGAAACAGCAUUUGAAACAGCUUAUGAAACACCAUUCGAAACAGCAUUUGAAACUGCUUAUGAAACACCAUUCGAAACACCAUUCGAAACAGCAUUUGAAACUGCUUAUGAAACACCAUUCGAAACAGCAUUCGAAACAGCAUUUGAAACUGCUUAUGAAACACCAUUCGAAACAGCAUUUGAAACUGCUUAUGAAACACCAUUCGAAACAGCAUUCGAAACUGCUUUUGAAACACCAUUCGAAACACCAUUCGAAACUGCUUUUGAAACACCAUUCGAAACAGCAUCAGAGACACCAUUCGAAACUGCUUUUGAAACACCAUUCGAAACAGCAUUUGAAACUGCUUUUGAAACACCAUUCAAUACAGCGUUCGAGACACCAUUCAAUACAGCGUUCGAGACACCAUUCAAUACAGCAUUCGAGACACCAUUCAAUACAGCAUUUGAGACAGCAUUUGAAACUCCAUUCAAUACUCCAUUUGAGACACCAUCUAAAACACCUGUAGGUAGUGGAAAAAAUUUAAAGCGGAUUGAAAAUAUCAGAUAUUCAAACAUUAAAUUAUACGAAAAUAAUAAUGAAUCAAAUAUUACAGAAGCAAAUGAUAAUUAUUAUCUAGAUUUCUUUUUAAUUGGUAACCAGAAUGUAUUUAAUAAGUUAGAAAUUAAUGCAGAGAAAGUUGAGGGAUCUCAGGCGGCAAAAAAUUAUUACCCAGGAAACUUCUCAGUUUAUGUUAAAUCCACUGAUGGUGCAAAGAAGCUUGAAGAUUUAAGCAAUUUACAACAACAAACUACCAUAAAGGAUAAUGAUGAUAAGAAGAAAGUGGUAUAUAUUGCAGUAUUUGUAUCCGUUUUUGGUGUUCUACUUAUAGUUGCAAUUAUUAUCGUUGUUGUCAUUUGUCUUAAAAGACGUAACAAGGAAAGUAGUAGUGGUAGUAUUAUAUUCGAUUCGGGUUCUGGCGUAGAUAUAACUGAAGGUGAUUAUUAA